AAAGCCUUGGGAAGUGAACUGACUCCAAGGAGACCGAGGCUUGUCCUUUCUUCCUUCUUCUUGUUUAGUCUUUAUCUUCUUCGAUCUUCUAACUGGGGGCAUCUUUACAUAUCUCCGCAGUCUCUUCUACCUCAGACCUUAUACUUAGUGUAUCAUUAAAGGCAUCUGCGUGGUCUGUUGUACACGCUUUUGCCUCUCUUUGAAGAAAAGGCACCUCGAGCCAACUUGCAAACAUUCAGCCACAAAGAGCUCCAAAGCACUUUGGAAGUGAUCCCUCAUCUCUUGGUUUACACAGUGGUAUAAUCUGCUGUGAGUUUACAAAGGCUAUCUGUCUCUACAGAGACCAGUUAGACGUGAAUUUCGAACCAGAGUGGGGAGAUAUUAGCUAGCACCCCUUGUACUUCCUAGUGCUGUUUCCUCCUUUUUUCAUUGAUUUGAUUUUCAAAUUCUAUUUACCUGUAAAUUAUAUAUUUAUUCCUCAAUACACGAUGAGUAUCAAGAUCAAUCCCACUAAUGGAAAGACAGUCCCACUUGAGGUUGUACCUCGUGGCACCAGCCUUCAUCAAUUUGCCUUUAUGAAAACCAAAUCAACAGACAGAGAAGAUUAUGACGAUCCUUUCUAUGUGAUGGAUGUGAAGAGACUGGCUGAUCUAUACCAGCUGUGGAGAGAAUCUCUUCCCUCCAUUAAACCAUAUUACGCUGUCAAGUGUAAUGAAGACCCAGUCUUGCUUUCUUUAUUAUCUCAUCUCGGAACUGGUUUUGAUUGCGCCAGUAAAGGCGAGAUCAGUCGCCUACUAGAGAUGGGAGUUUCACCCGGAGACAUCAUAUUUGCUAAUCCUUGCAAGCAGACAUCACACAUUAAAUAUGCAGCAAGGAAGGGAAUUUCUCUAGUCACUUUUGACAAUGAGAUGGAAUUACAUAAAAUGGCCACUCACCACAGCAAUGCAAAGCUAGUGGUACGUAUUUGUGCCGAUGAUCCCACUGCUCGUUGUCAGUUAGGAGUCAAGUUUGGUUGCUCUGUGACUGAUGCCUGUAGCAUGUUACAUGUUGCUAAGCAUCUCCAGCUACAAGUCAUUGGAGUCAGCUUCCAUGUUGGUAGUGGCUGUCAGACUCCUGAUGCUUACAGGGUUGCUUUGGAAAUGGCCCACGAAGUUUUUGAAUAUGCUGAUACUGUUGGGUAUCAUUUCAAUUUCCUGGACAUAGGAGGAGGUUUCCCUGGAUCUGAUACAGAGCUGGCUCUCUUCCAAGAGGUUGCCAGUACAAUCAAUCUCAGCAUUGGCAGACUGUUCUCUGAUAGACAUGACCUUAACAUCAUUGCUGAGCCAGGUCGCUACUUUGCUUCUUCCUGUUUCUCGCUUGCUGUGCAAGUUACCAGUAAACGUGUCACGUCCUCCUCCCCUUCAUCUGAGAAUGAAUCCUUCAUGUAUUAUGUGAAUGAUGGGGUCUAUGGCUCUUUUAAUUGUCUGAUAUAUGAUCAUGCCAUCGUGCAACCUCGAGUGUUGGAGAAUUCUACUAUCACCAGAUCUUCUAAUUCUACCUACUCUUGCAGCAUUUGGGGUCCGACCUGUGACAGUCUUGAUAAGAUAUGUACUGCUCUCCUUCCAGAGGUCACAGUGGGUGAUUGGAUCCAGUUUGAAGACAUGGGGGCGUAUACCAUAUCUGGCCAUUCAAGCUUUAAUGGUUUCGUCAAGCCGAAAGUGUUUUAUUGUUUAAGGGAAGAAGACAAGGAAAGCUUUGAGGAUGUCUUCAUGAACUUGUUGACAAGCAGGGUGGCUGUUUCUCUUCCUUCUCUAUGUGAAACUGCAAUACAGAAUACAGGGAAUAGCGUUUUAGCUGUUGUCGCUACUGAACUUAAAGUUACUUGCUAAUAUUGUCCUCUUCUCCCUCUCUCUUUUUCUUUCUCUACCUUAUUAUUUAAAAGUUUAUUUAUUGUUGUUAGAGACUUAAAAUUUAAUGGAGGGUGUGACCCAAAUUAUAACAAUUUGAAU